AUGAAAUUAUCAAUUGUACUCUUUGCUGCAAGCGCCACAGCACUAGUAACCAUAUGCGACCAUGGCACAAAUUUCGAUUCUAAGUCAUUUUACUGCCCUUCGUCGCAACCAAACACGUACUGCUGCACGAUAAAUGGACAGGCAGAUCAGAAGAUCAAUGUCCGCAGGGGUGAACUUCAUUUUCCGAAGACCAGACGCGGGAACCAGGACGUAAACACUACAUGUGGAAGCCCCAGUCAUGGUGUAGGAAUCGUCCUCUGUGGUCCAUAG